CGUCCCUUUGUACGCUCUCUCUUUAGAAAAGGCGAAGAAAGGUCGUUACGUCACCGGAAGGUGGGGCUGUUUCAAGGCCGUCGCUAAUGUAAACAUGCCGUCUCAUCACUGUUGUGUUCCGGGUUGUACCGCAUCGACGCGAAAGCAGCAAAAAGUUCACAAGUACCCAUGGCUACAGGGGGUGACCUUUUUCUCCUUCCCGAACAAGAUCAGGGCAUCCACUCUUCGGAGAAGAUGGAUUAAACUCGUCCGACGAGAGCCUGCAUGGGCACCGAACAAGUACAGUCGGAUUUGUUCAAGACAUUUUUUGCCAGGUGGUGACUGUCCGACACUGUUUCCAUAUAACAACUUUAAAAUGCCCUCCACUCUAAGGUGUGACUCAAGGUAUUUUUUUAUUUUUCCUCCAGGUGCAAUAGAGUCAAACACACCCAUUGUCAGUGACGAUCAUCACUAUGUCAUGAAGGAGGCAGAGAAGAGCCGGAUGUGUGAGACUGGAACUCAGACAGAUCUGACAAUGUCAGACAUUCAUAACAUGAAUGAGGACCUUAAAAGUAAAACUGAAAAACUAGAUGACAAGGAAACUCUAUUUAGGGACUUGUUUCUGGAAACUAUUGUUAAAGAUGAUGAACAUGUAAGGUUCUAUACAGGCUUACCAUCUUGUACUGUUUUAUUGGGUAUCUUUAACAUACUUGUUUCUAAAUGUUCACUUUUGAACUAUUGGAAUGGCAAUGCUGCUACAUGUGACAUAACAAAUAAUUGUAGAUCUCGUCCUGGUCCAAGUAGAAAGUUGACAAUGUAUCAAGAAUAUAUUCUUUCUCUUGUUCGUCUGAGACUAGGAUUUCUUCAGUAUUUCUUAGCAGAUGUUUUUGGAAUAUCAAAAUCACGUGUUAGUCAGAUAUUUGCAACAUGGAUUACUUUUAUGUCUCAAACCUUUGAUAAUGUUUUGAAAUGGCCAUCAAAACUGCAGGUUAAGAAAUAUAUGCCAUUGUCUUUCAGGCAGUUAUAUCCUAGAACACGAGCCAUAAUUGACUGUACAGAGUUCUUUUUUCAAAACCUAGAUCACCUUCAGCCCAAGCUGCUACUUACAGUUCAUACAAAUCUAGAAAUACUGGGAAAUGUUUACUUGCCAUAUCACCAUCUGGUACUUUCACGUUUGUCUCUGACUUGUAUGGUGGUAAUGCUUCUGAUAGGUAUAUUACAGAACAUUCAGGGUUUUUAGACUUAAUUGAAGCUGGAGAUGAUAUCAUGGCAGACAGAGGUUUCAAUAUUCGGGAUUUAUUGACUAGAAAGCGAGCGACCCUAAAUAUGCCACCAUUUACUCGAAAAUGUACUUGGGGUAAGAAAAAGAGACUUAAUGUGAGUGAAAUUAAAAAGACAAGAAACAUUGCUAAACUUAGAAUUCACGUUGAGAGAGCUAUACAGAGAUUAAAAUGUUUUCGACUUUUAAGUAACAUCAUUCCUUGGGAAGUGAAACCACUUGUGAACAAAAUGGUGAAAGUGUGUGCAUUUUUUUGUAAUCUCAUGCCCAAACUAGUCAGGAACUAAUUCAGUUUUAAUACCUGCUGUAAAGCAAAUAAUGUAUUAUUUUGACUUGAUUGAACAAUGUCCUGUAUUCAAUACUGUCAAAAAAAUAACAAAUGUGAUACAGUUUUUUUAAUACAUCAUGGUUUAUUGUUGAUACUGUGCUGUACAAUAGUUGUCAUGUAAUCAUUUGUACAUAAUUAUAGCCACAUUCAAUUAUUCUAUUAGCAUCAUUCAGAUCUGGACUAUGAUCAAUCAUUACAAUACUCAACAAAUCAAUAUGAAUUUCAUACAAGCUAUACAAGUAAAAUUCAGAGGCCCAGAUAAGUGGCGUAUUACGCAUUGAAAAGUAAUUGUUGCGUACCAAUUAGCAUUUAAAAUGUUAGAUAAGCAAAAAGGUUAAAACAUUAUGCGUACGGAAUAUAUUUAUAAAAAUCGCUUGCAUAAUGAAAAAGACAUCGAUUGCUAUCAAGUUGUACUGUUA